AUGGCUGGUGGGGGUUUUACUGAUGAUGGGAACUUAAAGAGAGCCCAUCUCUACGAAUACAACAUUACUAGUUAUUUUAUAUUUGCUUGCCUAGUUGCUGCCAUGGGUGGUUCCCUUUUUGGUUAUGAUCUUGGUGUUUCAGGUGGGGUGACAUCCAUGGAUGAUUUCUUGAAGGAAUUUUUCCCAAAGAUAUACAGGAGGAAACAAGACAGCCUAACAGAGACAGAUUAUUGUAAAUAUGACAACCAGUUGCUCACAUUGUUCACAUCAUCACUGUACUUUGCUGGUCUCAUUUCAACAUUCGGGGCUUCCUAUGUGACAAGGAUCUAUGGUCGUAAAGGCAGCAUAAUUGUAGGUGGUAUCAGCUUCUUCUUUGGUGGUGUCAUUAAUGCAGCUUCAGUGAACAUCCUAAUGCUAAUCAUAGGUCGCAUCCUCCUUGGUGCAGGCAUUGGUUUCGGCAAUCAAGCAGUACCAUUAUACCUAUCAGAAAUCUCACCAGCAAAACACCGAGGAGCAAUAAACCAACUCUUCCAAUUAACAACCUGUCUAGGCAUCCUAAUAGCCAAUGCCAUUAACUACGCUACAGAACAACUCCAUCCAUGGGGAUGGAGAUUAUCAUUAGGUUUAGCCACAUUCCCAGCAACACUCAUGUUCUUAGGUGGCUUAAUCCUCCCAGAGACACCCAACAGCUUAGUCGAACAAGGCAAGCUUGAAGAAGCUAAAAAAGUGUUGAUCAAAGUGAGAGGAACACCCAAUAUCGAUGCCGAAUUUGCCGAUUUAGUUGAAGCUAGUGAUGCAGCUAGGGCCAUAAAACAUCCAUUUAGGAACCUUUUGUUAAAGAAGAAUCGUCCACAGUUAGUGAUUGGAGCUUUGGCUAUACCUGCUUUUCAACAACUUACGGGGAUGAACUCAAUUUUGUUUUAUGCACCGGUGUUUUUUCAGACGUUGGGGUUUGGUUCAUCGGCGGCAUUGUUUUCGUCGUUGAUAACUAGUGGUGCUUUGGUUAUUGCUGCUUCGAUUUCAAUGGGUUUAGUUGAUAAAUUUGGUCGUAGAGCUUUUUUUCUUGAAGCUGGAACUGAGAUGUUCAUUUGCAUGAUCGCAGUGGCCAUAACACUAGCUCUCAAAUUCGGAGAAGGUGAACCCUUACCGGUCGGCGUCGGUUGGUUUCUCGUCUGUGUCCUUUUCUUAUUCGUAUUAGCAUACGGCCGAUCAUGGGGUCCAUUAGGUUGGCUAGUACCGAGUGAGAUUUUCCCAUUAGAAACAAGAUCAGCAGGUCAAAGCAUGGUGGUGUGUACGAACCUCCUCUUCACAGCAUUAAUAGCACAAUGCUUCUUGGUUUCUCUUUGCCAUUUAAAAUAUGGGAUCUUCUUGUUGUUUGCUGGCUUAAUUUUCAUAAUGACUGCCUUCAUUUACUUUUUAUUGCCUGAAACUAAACAAGUUCCCAUUGAAGAAGUUUAUUUGUUGUGGAAAGAUCAUUGGUUUUGGAAAAGGUAUGUUGAAGAUCAUGAUCGGAAUGGGUCGGACAGGCCAUGA